AUGGGCAGCUGUGUAUCAACACCACCAAAAGCAGUUAGAUUACAUAAAAAGCGCCAUCGUAAGGGCAGACAUCUUGUGAAGAUAUCCAAUACUGUCCAGGAUGGAAGUAAGAAAAGGAUUAGCGAUGCCGGAUGUGUGGCGGAUUUUGCUGUUAGUCAAUUUGUUCAUAUGGAUUUUGACAAUGGAGCAGCUACUGGUUGCAGAAAAUCUGGAGUCUCCAAUUCAACAUUCCAUCUCACCCAGUUGCAAUGGCAUCUCAGUCAAGUGGACUCUGAUGGUAUGUUUUUCGAUCCCAUAAUUUGCCAAGAGGAAGCUUGGUUUGAUUCAGUCAGUAUUCUGGAGUCUGACUCUGAUGAUGAAUUCUGCAGUGUACUUGGAGACCGCUUUUCAUCAGUGGGUACUACAGUUGGGAACAUCUCAAGUGGACAAGUGCUUCAGUAUGAAAGCUCUUCAUGUUUUGUGGAUGGCAGUUGUAAAUAUGAAGAAUACCAUGAAAGUUAUGUGAAAACAGGAAAAGACGAAUAUAAGGAAUCAAAAGGAUUUGCAGUUAUUAGUUCUCAGGGUUAUGAGCUUUCACGUUUGAGUAAAGCCGAUGAAAUUCGGAAGAAGAAAUUGUUAGAUAAUUCCUAUGGAAGCUUCAAAGGUCUAAAAGAGGAUAGACGUGACUCUCAAGAGAAUAACUUGAAGUCUGGUCGACAUCGGUUGGUUCCUUCUGUAAGUUUCAAUGACAAGAUUUUAACUGCUUCCACUUCAAAAGGGAAGCUGGCAGUUUUUAGGCUUUCUUUUAAGAGAAAAUCAUGUGAUGGAGAAGAAGCUAGUGAACACUGCCCAUCAAAAAGAUUCUUGUACCGUCCUAAAGCUGGAUUUGUUAUUCCACGUGCUAUGGGAGAGAAGCCAACUGGAGGAUGUUGGUCUGAGAUUCCACCCUCAAAUUUCAAGCUUCGUGGCAUGACUUAUUUCAAAGAUAAGAAGAAGUGCCCUGCUCCAAUUCACUGUCCAUAUACUCCAAUUGGUGUUGAUUUAUUUAUCUGCCCAAGAAAGAUAAAUCACAUAGCACAGCACCUUGAUCUUCCAAAUUUAAAAUCAGAUGGGAGACUCCCUCCUCUGUUAAUUGUAAAUAUUCAGAUGCCAACUUAUCCUGCUGCAAUUUUCCCUGGUGAUAGUAAUGGGGAAGGAAUGAGUCUUGUACUGUACUUCAAGGUUUCUGAAAACUUGGAGAAAGACAUAUCUUCCCAUUGUCAAGACAAUAUCAAGAAAUUGAUUGAGGAUGAGAUGGAAAAGGUUAGAGGUUUUGCAAAAGACUCAAUUGUUCCAUAUAGAGAGAGGCUAAAGAUCAUGACUGGGUUGGUUAAUCCUGAGGAUCUCAAUAUGAGUUCUACAGAAAGAAAGCUUGUUAAUGCUUAUAAUGAAAAGCCAGUCCUUUCUCGCCCGCAGCAUGAAUUUUAUAAGGGCCCCAAUUACUUUGAGAUUGAUCUGGAUAUCCAUCGCUUCAGCUACAUAUCAAGAAAGGGACUUGAAUCAUUUCGAGACCGUCUGAAAAAUGGAAUACUUGAUCUAGGUCUAACUAUCCAGGCACAGAAACAAGAAGAACUUCCGGAACAAGUUUUAUGCUGUCUGAGAUUGAACAAGAUUGAUUUUGUCGAUCAUGGUCAACUGCCGACGCUUGUGACUGUUGAUGACGAAUAA